AUGUCUGCCCAAUCUCAGACUGCGAGUCCUCGUGAAGGACCGGAUUACUCAACAUGGAGUACUUCAAGCCUCGUUGGACGAAUCAUGGAACUGGAACGCCAACUAAAUGCUCAGGCAGAGCAGUUUCGUCCUGUUCCGGUUGCUCCAGGCUCUCCUCAUAACCCACAAACGCAGGCCGAAUUGAGUGAUACUACAAAUCUUACCUCGGAUGUUCAUGGGGUCUCCAAUAUCCCUAUUAUCAAAGAGAAAAAGAAACGUCGGGAAAUUGAUCCUUCCAACUACCAUACCCGCCAUAUUGCGCUGAAGUUCGCCUAUCUUGGACAGCGUUAUAAUGGGUUUGAGCAUUCAAACGGGAACAUAACUCCAUUGCCUACUAUUGAGGAAGAAUUAUGGAAGGCUCUACGAAGGGCGCGUUUAAUUUUUCCAACGUCGCCAAACCCAGUGGACUUUGAUUUCGACAGAGACGGUCCAAGAGAAGCCAAGCCAUUUGAACUGAGCUGGGAUGGCUGCCAGUAUUCCAAAAGUGGUCGGACUGAUAGAGGUGUCAGUGCCUUUGGGCAGGUUGUCGGUGUUAGGGUUCGAAGUGCACGGCCUAAAAGAAAAGCCAGAGUCAUUACAGAAGAUCCUCCUUUGCAAGGAGCCGGCCCAGACGCUUCAUCAAUCAUUGAUUCUAUAGAUUCUAUACAAGACAAGAUGGAAGUUCAGGAAUGCUGUGAACCAGAAGUCGAUGAUGAUUGGGAUGAUAUUCGAGACGAACUACCGUAUGUGCAAAUAUUAAACAAUGCGCUGCCGGACGACAUUCGUGUCUUGGCCUGGUGCCCCCGUCCACCCCCGGACUUCGACGCUCGUUUUUCAUGCCGUGAGCGGCAGUACCGAUAUUUCUUUACACAGCCAGCCUUUGCGCCUGUGCCGGGAGAAGUCGGCUUCAGUCGUACCGCCGCCCAUUUCCGUGGAAUAGCCAAGAAGAAGCUUAGAAAUGGUUGGCUGGAUAUUGAUGCCAUGCGUGAAGCUUGCAAGUACUUUGUGGGCACUCACGAUUUCCGCAAUUUCUGUCGCGUUGAUACGAGCAAGCAAAUCACCAAUUUCGAGCGCAUAAUAUACCAUGCGAGUAUAGAUUUAGUCGAUCCAACCCGGAAUCCUAUUGGUUAUAUUGGGUCAGGUGAUUUUCAACCACUAAGGGAGAUUGGUGAUUCGGUCGCCGAAAAUAAUGUAAACGAAGACCAACCUUCCACACCACUGGUGUAUACGUUUACUCUUCAUGGAUCAGCAUUCUUGUGGCACCAGGUACGCCACAUGGUGGGGAUCCUCUUUCUAGUCGGCCAAGGUGUUGAAAGCCCAUCCAUUGUUCAAGAAUUACUCGAUAUUUCGAAGAGCCCACGCAAGCCUAUCUACGAAAUGGCGUCAGAUGCGCCACUCGUAUUAUGGGAUUGCAUCUUUCCAGACCAAAAUAGCGGCAGUAGGAAGGAUGCAUUGGAUUGGGUUUAUUGCGGCGACCCUAGGCAAAACCUUCCGCGCUCUAGCAAAGGCGACGCCAAGUUUGGCUCGACUGGCCUCGUGGAUACUCUCUGGCGUACUUGGAGAGGGCGCAAGAUGGACGAGAUCCUCGCUGGUGCCCUGCUUGACUUGGCCGUUGGCCAAGGAAGCCCCGAUUUCAUCAGAAAUGAGCCGCCGGAGAAAGCGUACAGGAGCCACAAAAUCUUCAACGGAGGAGACGAAGCAAGACUUGGCGGCUGUCUUACCCAGGAGGUGGCCCUGAUUUCGAUUCGUAGAGACAUUGUCGAGCGCCGCGCCAAACCUCUUCAAGAAUCAUCCGUUUGGGUAAAAGGUUCUAGCAGACAGAAAUUAGUCUAUAUUCAAACCAACUUUUUCCAGGCAGUAGGAAAGUCUCACGGGGAAGACAACGACAACUCCACUUUCACCUUCCACGAUGAUCGCCAGGUAGAAACGAACUUUGAAUCCCUUGAAGGCUUCAUGUAUAACAAUGUCUUGAAUUUGGGUCGUCGGUAUGAACCUCGUGGCGGCGCUAGACCAAUACAUGGAAGAAGACGUUGA